UAAUAUAACCAUUGUCUAUAAAACAAAAUCACUGUAGUUACUUUCAGUAUACCACAACAAAAGUGAGUUGUAUAAUAGCUUAAGGAACAGGUCAACAACAAUCACCUUAACAGGCAUAGACUGAGGCUUGACAGGCUACAGCACGGCAAUGAAAUUGCUGCCAAAAUUGCUCUGUCUGAUAUUGUGCUUGGGGCCCACCUGCCACGCUGCUGUGUACUAUGUUACUCCACACUCUCCUUUGGACUGCCCUGCAAGUGAACAUUGUCACACAAUCAAUGAGUACGCACAAAGCGACAAAUUUGGCCAAAAUGACAAUAUUGUCUUGAUCUUCUUGGAUGGUACACAUAAUUUAACCAGCCUGAAUCUUCAAAUUGAACAAAAAGAGUCCGUGGUGAUGAUUUUGCAUCAUAAUGCAAAUGUUACGAUUCAGGUUCAAGACGAAGCACAGUUUAUCUUAAGGAACAUUAAGUUUGUAAACCUAACUGGGCUCACAUUUAUUUCAACACGUUUCGACUACACUCCAUGGUGUGUUCCUGAUAGUGAUAAAACCAUACAUCUGGCACAAGUGAGUGUAUUCUCGUGCCAAAAUUCCUUUUUUGAACAGUGCUCUUUAGCAAUAGAGAAUGUGGAAACUGUGAACAUUGAAGAGAUAAAUUUUUCGAAAAGUUGGAUCUACUAUUCUAUAUCCAGCAACUCUACUGACGAAGAAAAUCUGAACAAAUCAGUUUUGAUCAGAGAAAGUGAGUUCAGUCUAUCCACAAUUGCAAUGCUCCAAACAAUUCCCUGCAAUUCUAGUACCGAGCCUAAUAAUAUUAAUGAUAACAGUAUCAGGUUUGGCAUUGAAAAUUGUUCCUUAUUUGACUCUUUCGUUACGGUACAAAUUACAACUCAAAGUGAAUUACAUUUAGAUGUUACUUUGAAAGACACAAGGGUACACAGUGAAAACGGUAACGCACCCUCAAAUUUGUAUGGUGUGACAGGGCUGUAUGUCGACAUAUCUUCGAAUGUCACACUCCGUCUUGAGAUAAAUAAUUGUGAGAUUUCGGGCAACUCUGUUGGCCUUGCAUUAUUGGCAAACUACUCGGCUGAUCUUGAAGUAGAGAUUAAACAGUGCCAAUUUCUUAAUAAUGGUGGUAACUUUGCCUUAGUUGUUGCACCGAAGUUUGGAGGUAUUGGUUUAGUUCUUGGUUUAGGUACAACAGCAAAUAUCAAAAUUGAUUCUACUAUAAUAUCAGGGAACAAGUUUAUUCAAGUCUACAUUUAUGCUGGUGACAUUGUAACACUGUCAGAUACUUUAGACUUAGAAAUAGCCACCAGUAGUGAGCAUACAGUCAGUAGUGACAAUCUAACUUUCGAAAUGACUCAUAGUUCAAUACUAGCCUCGAUCCCAGGCCGAGUUUUCGCUUUUAUAACGGUUAGGCGAACAACUGGGCCUGGUACUAGUUGUCUGCGCAUGCGUCAGUCGUUGGUCAGAUUCUGACAAAUGGAUAUUCUAGUUCACUUUCGUGACAUUUAUAUUCGUGUACUAUCGUGUACUAGAAGUCAGUUCCCGUUUUAUCAUUAUUGGAAUCGAUUGGAAUCGAUUGGAAUGGCUCUUAGCUGAAGCUUCUCUCUUCUCUGAAGCUUAUUCUGAAGACUGAACAACAAGGGAAGAGGUAUAAAGCUUUGUCAAGCUUGUUAAGGUCAGAUAUUUUUGUGUGGGCCCUAUGGCCUGCCAUGCUAUCAAGUCUUGUUCAUGUUUGGCAAGAAUGUAGGUAGACUAUAGUUUCAUCAUUAAUAUGGUGGAUCAAGUGAAGAGUGUGAGCUAGAGAACUUGGUGCUGCCAUCAUCAGCUCGUCGACAAUGACACUAUAAUCGAGAAAUUUCUACACGUAUUUAAAAUGUCUACUUCUCUGUACAGGAGCAAUGGCUAAUAUCCAGCUGUCCCAACAGUGCUCCUCUUGGCUAUACUAACGGACGAGACUGGACAGUUUGAGACACAGGACUGGAGUAUGACCUGCUCAUUCGAGCGUUGCUGGGUAGCUCAGAGACAUCAAGAGAAUCUACGUUUUCUCAAGCAAUGAGUUACGAGUUGGGGCCUAGAAUCAGAGAAGUCCAGCAGCCUGCUAAAUCUUUUUGAAACGUAAUUUGAAGGCAUUCAAUCAUCCUGAAGUGUUGCCCUGGGUCACUGUAAUUGUGCUGCAGCACAACUGUCAACUCCCCAGGCCUUUGUGAAGCAGCUCCCUAUGUGCAUCUUUUGUGUACUCACUCUGUGCAUUUUCUGUGUACAAAUUUCUAUUAUUGAUUUAUUAAAUAUUUUUGCCGACCACAAAUAUACAAUGAAAA